GAGGGUGUCGUGACCAGCGGGGCGUUUGCGGUUUCCGUCGCUGUGGCGGUGAGUAUUGCUGAAGAUGAGACGAUCUGCAGCACCAAGUCAGGUGCAGGCAAAUUCCUUUAAAAAACCAAAAUUCAUACCUCCAGGAAGAAGUAAUACAAGUCUGAAUAAAGAGACCACAGAGAUGGGUCCAGAUGUAAAAUUAUUUCAGGGUGCUAAACAGUCACAAGAUGAUCCAGGUGUGUGUAGUUCAAAUCUUCGGCCCACGGAGGGCAGCACUAGGGCGAUGGGCCAUGGGACUAGAGUAGACCCACUUCAUACAGUUCAUUUGGCCUCUGAAGAAAUUAUUGAGUCCAAGGCACAAGAAGAGGAACCUAGUAGCUUGCUUAAAUAUUUCAGUGUUGUUUGGUGUAAAGCUUCGAAGAAAAAGCACAAGAAAUGGGAAGGCGAUGCUAUUCUUAUUGUAAAAGGGAGGUCCUUCACUCUGAAAGAUUUGGAAGGCAAAGAUAUCGGAAGAGGCAUUGGAUAUAAAUUCAAAGAGCUUGAAAACAUAGAAGAGGGCCAAGUACUGGUGAUUGGAGGGAAAGAAGUGGAAAUCCUGGGUACAGUCUCUUCUGAUGACUUCAGCAGCGGCAAGUGUUUUCAGCGUGGAUGUGGAAGCCCUGCAGUCCCAAGUUCCCAGGCUGCCAGGAAAUGCUUUUCCAACCCUUUCAAAAGUGUGUGCCAGUCUGGUCAGUCAAAGGAGAACAGACAAAAUGAUUGGCAGAACUGCAAGCCCCGCCAUGACCCACACACACCAAAUUCCCUAGUGAUGCCGCAACCGGACCAGAAUCACCAGCGGCUGUUCAAUAGGAACUGCUCCCCUCUUGUGGAUGUGGUGGUAGACCCUCACCUUGUUCGUCACCUCCGAUCGCAUCAGAGAGAUGGAGUCAUCUUCCUCUAUGAGUGUGUGAUGGGAAUGAGAGCACAUGGCAGAUGUGGUGCGAUUCUCGCUGAUCAAAUGGGCUUAGGAAAAACUCUGCAAUGUAUCUCACUCAUCUGGACCCUACAGUGUCAAGGGCCUUAUGGAGGCAAGCCAGUAAUAAAGAAGACGCUUAUUGUCACCCCUGGAAGCUUGGUGACUAAUUGGAGGAAAGAAUUUCAGAAGUGGCUGGGAAGUGAGAGGAUCAAGAUAUUCACCGUUGAUCAGGAUCAUAAAGUCGAGGAAUUCAUCAAUUCUACAUUUUAUUCUGUUCUUGUCAUCAGUUAUGAAAUGUUACUUCGUUCCCUAGAUCUAAUUAAGACUGUAAGAUUUGACCUUCUGAUCUGUGAUGAGGGGCAUCGUUUGAAGAACAGCAGCAUUAAGACAGCUGCAGCCCUCUUCAGCCUCCCUUGUGAGAAGAGAGUGAUCCUGACUGGUACCCCCGUGCAGAAUGACUUGCAAGAGUUCUUUGCAUUAGUGGACUUUGUUAAUCCAGGAAUAUUAGGCCCCUUGUCGUCCUACAGGAAAAUAUAUGAGGAGCCCAUCAUUAUGUCCAGAGAGCCCUCUUCUUCCAAGGAAGAAAAAGAGUUAGGAGAGAGAAGAGCAGCUGAACUCACUGGCCUCACUGGCCUUUUUAUCCUCAGAAGAACUCAGGAAGUCAUCAAUAAGUACCUUCCCCCUAAGAUAGAGAGCGUUGUCUUUUGCCGCCCAGGGGCACUUCAGGUUGAACUCUACCGGGAGCUGCUGAGCUCUCAGUCCAUCAGGUUCUGUCUCCAAGGACUGUCAGAAAAUCACCUCGUCUGCAUAGGGGCCCUAAAGAAACUGUGCAAUCACCCUUGCCUUUUGUUCCGCCCUGUAAAGGGAAAAGAAUGUAGCUCAAGCAGUGAAGAAAAUGAAGAGAGGAACCUAUGCCAAGGCUUGCUGACUGUGUUCCCGGCCGGCUACGACCCUCUCCAGUUCUCUGAGAACGAGUCUGGGAAACUGCAGGUGCUGGGGAAGCUCCUGGCGGCCAUCCAUGAACUUCGUCCCACUGAAAAAGUGGUUUUGGUGUCCAACUACAGACAAACCCUGAAUAUUCUAGAAGAUGUAUGCAGGCGUCAUGGAUAUGCUUGUGCAAGACUUGAUGGCCAGACACCAGUGUCUCAAAGGCAGCAGAUUGUUGAUCGUUUCAACAGUAAAUACUCUACUGAUUUUAUUUUUUUAUUAAGUUCCAAAGCUGGUGGUGUGGGACUUAAUCUUAUUGGAGGAUCUCACUUAAUUCUCUAUGAUAUUGACUGGAACCCAGCUACUGACAUCCAGGCUAUGUCCAGAGUAUGGCGAGAUGGGCAGAAACACCCUGUGCAUAUCUACAGACUCCUGACUACAGGUACAAUCGAGGAAAAGAUCUACCAAAGGCAGAUCAGUAAGCAAGGUCUCUCGGGGGCGGUUGUCGACCUGACCAGGUCAUCUGAACACAUCCAGUUCUCGGUAGAGGAGCUUAAAGACUUGUUCACGCUACACGAAGAUUCACCGUGUGUGACCCAUGACCUGCUUGGCUGUGAGUGUGGAGGCGGAAAGGGUCCCACUGAUGAUGCACUUGACGCCCCUGUCACCUCCAGACAGUGUCAGCUCGGCCCUCAGCACCAGAAGUCCCGUUCCCUGAGACCUUUGUCCAUGUUGCAGCUGAAGCAGUGGCAGCAUUUUUCUGGAGACAAUUUAAAUCUUACAGACCCAUUUCUGGAAAGGAUAAGGGAAAAUGCAUCAUUCUUUUUUCAGAAUGUAACCAACCAGGCUCCUACCGUGCAAUGAAGGACUACUUCGUAACGUUCCUUUGCUACCCUUAAAAUUUCAUAAAAUUUUGAAAGUUGGCAAAAUUAUUUGAAUUAUAAUAUAUUAUUUGAAUUAUAACAGUGAACUUUGUUUCAAAUAUGCCAAUUUAAAUACAGU